GAAAGUCAGAUAUCUCUGAUGGACAGAACCAACGGGCUUGGGGAGGCGCCAGCAUUCAGGCUGCAGUCUCUAAUAGGCUCAAACUUCCUGUGGCGAAUUAGUAGAUAUUUAAUUUCUCAGGGACCGAUCUUAAAACACCCUGAAAAUCAGCCCCAGUAACCAAGCAAGCCACACAGAGCCCUGUCCGUUGUGAGGCCCCUGAACCAGACACCUGGAAAAGUUUCUCAACUUUGCCUUCCUUCUGGACUUAUCUUCCACAGAAAAUCAGGAUACUGUGCUGGCCGCCCCGGUGGAGACUGCACUGUGUUCUGUCACUUCUGACGUGAGGUAGAUAGGGUGUCACUAUGUCCAGCCUGAAAUUUGCUAUAUGAACAAGACUGACUUUGAAUUCACAGAGAUCCACUUGCCUCUGCCUCAAAAGUACUGGGAUUAAAGGAAGAGACUCAACUCCUGUCCGUGGCUAGAGGAACUGGGCUGGAAGCAUGUGGCAGGUCCUUCGAGGCUGGAGGACAGGAUGUCGGGGCCCACGUGGAGCCCUGGCAUGGCAGCCACGCCCCCCUUGCAGCCGCACCGUUGCCAGCGCAGCCUCUGUAGACGAGGAUGAGUACACCUUUGUGGUGGUGGGCGCAGGCUCUGCUGGCUGUGUGCUGGCCAGUCGGCUCACUGAGGACCCAAAUCAUCGGGUGCUGCUGCUGGAGGCAGGGCCCAAGGACUUGUUGCUGGGGAGCAAGCGGCUUCAGUGGAAGAUCCACAUGCCGGCUGCCCUUGUGGCCAACCUAUGCGACGACAAAUAUAACUGGUACUAUCACACUGAGCCGCAGCCCGGCAUGGAUGGCCGCGUACUGUACUGGCCACGAGGCCGGGUCUGGGGGGGCUCCUCAUCCCUCAAUGCCAUGGUCUACAUCCGAGGACACGCCGAGGACUAUAACCGCUGGCACCAGGAAGGUGCCGAGGGCUGGGACUACGCGCACUGCCUGCCUUACUUCCGCAAGGCGCAGAGACAUGAGCUGGGUGCCAAUAUGUACCGCGGUGGGGACGGCCCACUGCGUGUGUCUCGGGGCAAGACCAACCACCCGCUUCACCAGGCCUUCCUGCAGGCAGCACAACAGGCUGGCUACCCCUUCACUGAAGACAUGAAUGGCUUCCAACAGGAAGGCUUCGGCUGGAUGGACAUGACCAUUCACCAAGGGAAGCGCUGGAGCACAGCCUGCGCCUACUUGCACCCAGCGCUGAGCCGCCCCAACCUCAGGGCCGAGGUCCAGACCCUUGUAAGCAGAGUGCUGUUUGAGGGCACCCGCGCGGUGGGUGUGGAGUACAUCAAGAACGGCCAGAGCCACAAGGCUUACGCCAGCAGGGAGGUGAUCCUGAGCGGGGGCGCCAUCAACUCUCCGCAGCUGCUCAUGCUCUCUGGCAUUGGCAACGCAGAUGACCUUGGGAAGCUGGGCAUCCCUGUGGUGUGCCAUUUGCCCGGAGUUGGUCAGAACCUGCAGGACCACCUGGAGAUCUACAUUCAGCAAGCAUGCACACAGCCCAUCACCCUCCACUCUGCCCAGAAGCCCCUGCGGAAGGUCUGCAUCGGUCUGGAGUGGCUCUGGAGGUUCACAGGGGAUGGAGCCACAGCCCAUCUUGAGACCGGAGGGUUCAUCCGCAGCCGGCCUGGGGUCCCCCACCCGGAUAUCCAGUUUCACUUCCUGCCGUCACAAGUGAUUGAUCAUGGACGGAAGCCCACCCAGCAGGAUGCUUACCAGGUACACGUGGGAACCAUGAGGGGCACUAGUGUGGGCUGGCUGAAACUGAGAAGCGCCAACCCUCGGGACCACCCUGUGAUCCAUCCCAACUACCUGUCAACAGAAUCCGACGUCGAGGACUUCCGUCAGUGUGUGAGGCUGACUCGAGAAAUUUUCGCUCAGGAAGCCUUCGCUCCCUUUCGGGGGGAAGAGCUGCAGCCCGGAAGCCAUGUCCAGUCAGACAAAGAGAUAGAUGCCUUUGUGCGGGCAAAAGCAGACAGUGCUUACCACCCCUCCUGCACCUGCAAGAUGGGCCAGCCCUCUGACCCCACUGCCGUGGUUGACCUGCAAACCAGGGUCAUCGGGGUAGAAAACCUCAGAGUCGUGGAUGCCUCCAUCAUGCCCAGUGUGGUCAGUGGCAACCUGAAUGCUCCCACGAUAAUGAUUGCAGAGAAAGCAGCGGACAUUAUUAAGGGAUACCCUGCACUCUGGGACAAGAAUGUUCCUGUCUAUGAGCCCCAGACUCUGGACACCCAGCGUUAAGACAGACAGCCAUUACCUGAGGAUGACAGAGGAACUCAUGCCAAGCCAAGAGAUCCAAAGAGAACAGCCCUGCCCUAGAUAUUUAUGAAGCAGUAUAGAAACUUGAAACCCAGAUACCCCUAGUCUCGGUUCAGACCUUCAUGGUGUCUGAGGCAACGAGGCCAUGGUAGCCAGUGAGGCAAGUCCCUUUUCCCAGUAUCUCUCUGAGAGCCCUUCACCAAAAGGUUAGCGAGCAAGCUGGGGCUUCCUCCUGACCUCCUGGGGUUAGCAGUUAGGGUAGCUAACUCCUGACAUGAUGGUUUUCUCUUCCAUCUCCAGCUCCGAGUUCUGCUCUCAGGAGUGGGAUGACCCUUUCCCUAGUCUCCCACUUGAGGCCAUCUCUGCAGAGUCAGGGUAGUUGGACUGGACUGGGCUCUCCAAGGAAGCUUUAGCUGAAGCCAGGCAGCAGCAGCUCAGCAGGGCUGGUUACCUGAGCUCAUGGCCCUGGUUAGAGGGAAAGACAGUGGCUAGCGGACCCCGUACCCCCUCUGCACUUCACUCCUGCCCUGAUAAAAACCUGGAGAGUGGGGAGCAGGGGGGAGGGCUCAGGUGACUGCACCACUCGUGCCUACCUCCCUGGUUCUCGUCUUAUGAAACCGUCCAGAUGAGAAGCUUGCAGGACGUUGUUCAAGAAAAGGCCUUACUGCCAAAGAUGUCAUUGUUUAACCCUUACCACAAAAUAUAGAAUAUUUUGGCAGGAAUAUAGAUCCACUCCCACAAGCCAGUCACUACUACCUCAUGCCAGGGACAUGAGCCUACGAGGACCUUUCAUGGUGGCCCUGGAAGUGGCCCGGGCAUCAGAGCUACUUCUGCAGACAAGGCUGACUGUUUCUUAUUCUCUACACAUGGGAACAGCGAGCCUGGCACCAAGGCUAACGGAGACCAGCAAAGACUUUGGAGUGAGAGAUAAACCAGCCAGUAUCGGAGUCUUGGGUCAGGGGAGCAGAUACCAGCAGCUCUUUGAUCUGGAAAUUCCUCAUAAUUUCGAUGUAAUCGGUAACUUAUUUUUGAACCAAGAUGCCUCAUCCUGACUUUUCUUACAAGACAAUGAGGACCAAAUGCAUUUUAGGUUCGUUUUUCUGAAGAUAUCCAAAGCUGCCAUCUGAAGUGGGGGAAGAAACGGGUCACUAUAUAGAAAUCACAUUGCUGAGAGAAGAAGGGAGGGGAAAUAUUAGGAUUCCAGGCUCCCCUAGGACUGACCGGCAUGAGCUGCCUUCUGGACUUUGGAGUCUGAGAAGACCCUUCAAAGGGUUCAAAGAAAAAUUAUAAACCAUCACUUUUGCUUUGAAAACUAGGCUGCUCUCGGUUCAUCUUACCUGCUCCUUGCCUCUUGUGUUUUCCUGUUCCAAAAGAAGGUCAAGAAAAUCCUAGGUCUGCCAAGAGAACCUUCUAGGGCAGGUGUCAGAUGGCCGUCAUCCGUAGCAUCCUUAGCAGCACAGGUACCACCCCUGGGAAGGCCAUGUUCUUCUCUCAGGCCUGGUUUAGAACAAGAGAAGAUAAACCCUGGCGGCUCCACAGCCACAUCCAGGCCUUUCUCUCACUUCGGCAUAGGAAGGCCGGCUUCACAUAUAGACAUGAUUUAGCCACAUAAGGAAAUGAGUUUCUAGAGACAAGAUGAGAAUGUUACCUGCCCAGAACUUACAGAUGGUGUCGGGAUAGAACAUGUGGUUCAGAGGGAUCCUCACUGAAGCCCUGAUGGCUGCUCCUGUUUCCAGCCCAAACAGAACAGAUGGACGUGCAGGAGAGCCCCCCCUCCUGCAGCGCUGAAUCCAAAUGCCGGGGCUGUCGGCUGUCGGGAAGUCCCAGUGCCGCCAUGAGGGAGCCAGGGCGGUAGACGGUGCAGUCCUGCUUCAGCUAUAAAGUGAGGUGCACA